CCGAGAAAUUACAAGCAGCUGAUUAUGUCAGCAUUAGCCAUCUCUUCCAACCACCUCAUCGUACUCGCAAACUUACUAUGGAUUUUCAAAACCGUGUCGGCUCCAAGUUCGGUGGAGGUGGUGUCGCUGGGGCUUCGGAGACCAAUGUGGACAGGCGUGAACGUUUACGCAAACUUGCGCUUGAGACGAUCGAUCUUGCCAAAGAUCCUUAUAUCUUAAGGAAUCACUUGGGUGGCCUCGAAUGUCGUCUCUGUCUGACGCUUCAUACCAACGAAGGUUCAUACCUGGCUCAUACUCAAGGAAAGAAGCAUCAGACCAAUCUCGCUCGUCGUGCGGCUCGUGAUGCUAAGGACACACAGUUGAUGAUUGCCCCGACUCAAAGCAAUGUACAACGCAAGGUGUUCCUCAAAAUAGGACGCCCAGGCUACCGAGUAACAAAAGUGCGGGACAAAGAUACAGGCAAAGAAGGUAUGAUGGUCCAGGUCCACCUUCCUCAGAUCAAAGCGGACGUAAUCCCUCGCCGACGAUUUAUGAGCGCUUGGGAGCAAAAGAGGGAGCCCCCGAACAAGGCAUACCAGUAUCUGAUCGUGGCUGCUGAACCGUAUGAGACAAUUGCUUUUCGCAUUCCUGCGCGCGAGAUAGAAGACGAAGCUGACGAUGCCGGAUAUUGGAACUGGUCAUAUUGGGAUCCUGAUACGAAACAGUAUAGCUUCCAGUUCAUGUUCCGUUUGACUUAUUGA